AUGGAUUCGGUAGCUGCUAAGUCCUUGAACCGCCUUCACUUUCAUCUGCGGACAGGACAACAUCCUAGCGGGGUAGCGGAUAAUAGCCACCCGGUUUAUAGAUUACCGGCGGGUGCACACUCCGUCCAGGGUAUCCAAACUACGCAUCCGGGAUCUCCAGGCCCAUACUACAAUGGACAUGGCGUCUCUUCCAUGGCCCAUCUUCCCGCGCGGAUCUCAGCUCCUCCACCACAAACAGACUGUGCAAAAUGGAAUUCAUACUCAAAAGUGAACCAGUCGGUCUCGAAUAUCGUGUCGCAUGCAACGGAAAAAGCCCAUGCUACGAUUGUGGAUCUUGAGAAACUAGUUCUACAGUGCGUGGGCGGGGCGCCGAAUCCACAGGAACCUGCUUCACAGCUUUUGGACCAAGUACUCACUUCAAUCGAUGCUGGCACUUUCUGUGGAAGAGAAAAUGACCUUCUUGCUGCAUGUUCCAUCCCAUUUCGAUCAGGUCCGAAAAAGAAGAAUCGUCGCGAGACUCGGACUGGAAAAGAGAAGCCGUCAGGAUCUGUCGACUAUUUUUCGAAGGUUUAUCUAUUUGCGAACUCUCGGAUGCCUCCAAUAUUGCCUGUGAUUAGAUUCUACCCUGCAACAUAUCCGCUUCUUCAACUCGCAGCCCAGUAUUCACGCCGAGUUUAUGAAAAGCCAAAUGGAAGGGAGCGACACUCAUAUGUGAGUUCCGAUUGGCGCCAUGGUACCAAAGCAAUGGUGAUAAAGUCAUUGCCCGUGGACAACAUGAACACCAUCAUUUUCUCAAUCCGUGGCACUCAAAGCUUCAUAGACUGGGCUGUGAACAUGCAAAUGGAACCCGUAUCCCCUAAAGGCUUUCUAGACGAUCCUACCAACUACUGCCAUGCCGGUUUUCUGUCCGUGGCUAGAAAGAUGGUUGCACCUGUCGCUGCCCGAUUGCGCGCACUCAUCGAAGAAGACCCCAGUCGCAUGUCAUACUCGCUUCUAAUAACUGGCCACUCUGCAGGUGGCGCAGUCGCUAGCUUGCUAUACCUGCACAUACUAUCUAUUUCUCCAGAAGUCUCUUCUGAGCUUACUCAUCUACGGGGCUGCUUUAAGCAUAUUCAUUGUGUUACCUUUGGUGCACCUCCAAUAUCAUUUCGGCCACUCCUUCUACCGGGAGUUCCCGAAUAUUCCAGGUUCAUUUUCUUUUCUUUUAUCAACGAGGGUGAUCCAGUUUGUCGUGCUGAAAAAGCAUACUUUCUCUCAUUACUGGAUCUCUUUGCCAAGCCACCACCAGGAUCAAUCCUCUCCUCAAAGCCUCGUCCCGGAUCGAUUGUGUGUUGGCCCGUUCCUCCGUCUACGCUUUCAACGGCAGGAAGACUGGUUCUGCUUCGUGAUAAGACACAACCGAGUAAUCGCCCAGAAGCACAUCGUCCCCGCAAUGACGGCGCUCCUCCCCUUCCACCUCGUGAGGAUGUCGAAGCUUACGGGAUCACUGAUGCGGGGCUUCGUGGUGUGGUCUUUGGCGAUCCCUUGACGCAUUUUAUGGAUCUAUAUGCUCGACGCAUUGACAUAUUGGCCCGGAAUUCUGCAAUCAUCAAACCAAAAACCAAAUCUUUCAAUUUCUGA